AUGACGGAGCAACAACUCUCCACAAAGUACAAGAAAUUAGCCAAGGUGAAUUUGGGCGAAGAUUUCAAAAAUGAUUCGGCUCAUUGUGAGGCAAUGCAUGAUGAAUUUCUACUCAUGUUUCUUCGACAGUGCAAAUUUUCUCACUCCAAGGCCCAGGCCAGAUUGGAUAACUUUUGUACCCUCUCAACUAGGAAGUGCGUUGGUGACUACAUUUGGGCUACUCCGGUUGAUCUGCAAUCCAAGAGACUUGAAUUACAUGUUCCUUUGGGCUAUAUGGAAAGUGGUCCGAUGGUGGUGGCUAUUCGACCAAGGGUUUUGAAUCAAGAAGAAAUGAGUAUUGCAGAAGCCUUCUACUUUGCCUACAAAGUGAUAUUUAUGGUCAAUUCAGAUCCGAGAGCUCUGAUUGGAGGCGUUGUUUUAAUUCUGGAUUCAACUGGAUCAACUUCCAAGAAUGUCAUCAGUGAUCCUAAUAUUAUUCGGUCGAUGCUCCACUUUGUCCAGAUGCUGCGCUGUGGUUCAGAUAUUAAGGUCGCUUUGGAAGCUGAACCUGGUCUAAAGGCAGUGCUACCAUCGGAUUUAGGAGGAGAUGGAAAGUCCUACAAGGAACUUGCCGAAGCAAAUAAGAAAAAUUUCCAUGCUUUCUACUCAAAUGGCGACAAGACGGGAGAGAUCAAGGUGGAUGAGUCGAAGAGACCCAGCACAGCGAAAGACUUCUUACACGAAUACAAGGACUAUGAUGUGGGCGUCAUGGGAAAGAGCGGAACAUACGUGAAGAUAGACGAUGAAAUAUAA